GGAGAUUCGCGCAAAGUUCUUAAAAAUAUUAUACCAGCUGAAAAAUAAUAUAAACUAAUUUUGGAUUUCUUAACAUAGCAGUUUCAAAAAUAUCUUCAUUCUUGAUUGUUUAAUGGCCGUGUUCGUGCUAAAAUAGUAGAAAAAUAUGUACUAAUUUAUGUAAAAUUUGGGGUGUUGUUCGGUCACUUCCGGGUUGAAAUGCACAAAAAUUGACAGAUUGACAGCAUGAAGAUGGUGUCUGUUACUUUGAUUUUGAAUUAACUAUUGUAACAACAAAGGCUGGAAAACAAGGUUGCGUACAACCUUCAAGUAUUGGUGAAUAAGCACAAGUGAAGUCCCUAAAAAAGACAGAAUGCCGUUUUUCAAAAAGUUCUUAGGAAGUUCAGAUGAUGUAACUGGUAAAGGGAGGGGAGCUGUAACUCCACCAGGACUUCAAACAAUGGGAGCAAAUUUACAGCGCAAGUUUGCUAAAGGGGUACAGUAUAACAUGAAAGUGGUAAUUAGGGGAGACAGAAAUGUAGGAAAGACUUGUUUGUUUCACAGACUACAGGGUCAAAAAUUUACAGAGGAGUAUAUACCUACAGAUGAAAUACAGGUUGCUAGCAUACAGUGGAACUACAAAGCAACAGAUGAUGUUGUGAAGGUAGAGGUGUGGGAUGUUGUUGAUAAAGGAAGGAAGAAGAAGAAAAAAGAAGGGUUAAAAUUAGCAACAGACGAGGAUGAGCAGAAUGAUGCAGAGCCGUGUCUGGAUGCUGAUUUUGUAGAUGUAUAUAAGGGAACAAAUGGGGCUGUCCUCAUGUAUGAUAUAACAAAACAAUGGACAUAUGAUUAUGUUGAGAAAGAGAUGGAGAGAAUUCCUCCCAGUAUUCCAGUGUUGAUACUUGGUAACCAUAGAGAUAUGGGACAUCAUAGAACAGUCCUGGAGGAUAAAGCUAGAUACUUUGUUGAAAGUCUGAAUAGACCAAAGGGAUCUGGCCAGAUACGCUAUGCUGAGGCUUCAAUGAGAAAUGGAUUUGGUCUCAAAUAUAUUCAUAAAUUCUUUAAUCUGCCAUUUCUUCAACUUCAAAGAGAAACAUUGUUAAAACAGUUAGAGAUAAACUCCGAAGAUAUACGAUGUACGGAAGAAGAGCUGGAUAUACACGAGGAAUCUGAGGAACAGAAUUAUGACGUGUUUAUUGAUCAGCUGGCAAAGAAGAGGCGUGAUCAGCAAGACUCUAAGGGUGUUCAGGGGAUGAUGACUGCCCCACCACCACAUUCACUACCAGUUAAACCUAGUACCUUGUCUAAUGUUCCACGCUCAGUAUCAGCUCCUGCCAUUCAGAAGUCAGCUGUCACUCCAGAUGCCAAUCACAGUGUAACCACUCCUACUUCUUCAUUGGCCACACCUUCUCCUGUGUCAAAUACACCAAUCACAGAAGUUCCAGAACCUGAGCCUCAAUCUCAAGAACAGAAUAAGCCAACACAACAAAAAGAAACUGUCAAACCUGCGGAGCAGAAGUCAGGAUUUUUCUCUAGGUUGUUUGGUAAACAAAACACACAAGCACAAGGGCCGUCUGCUGAAGUAAAACCAGAGGCUGUUGAAGAGCCAACUACACCUGUGAAGAGUGUUGAAGAUUUUGUCCCAGAUACUGGAGAGCUUGAUGAUAGUUUCCUUGACGAUACCAAAGAGGUGAAGGACGUUUCUAGGGGCAGUAGUAAAGAGCAAAAUAGUGAUAGUGAGGAUGAAGAUGGUGGUAAUCCAAUGGUAGCUGGUUUCCAGGAUGAACUUGAUUCUGAGGAUGAAAUAGAAGCAAGUAAAUCCUCCCAACAGGGAACCAGUCGGCCUAAAAUUACACAAGACAUAGAUUUAUCAAGUGACGAUGAAGACACUACGCAUUCCAAUACACAAACUGUGAAAUAUGAUGAAGAUUAUCUGUCGUCUGAUGACAAUAAGAAAACUGUAAAAGCUGCUUACAACAAUGCAAAAACUAAAAAAAGUGUUAGUGAUGAAAAUAGUGCCAAAAAAAAUAGUUCCGAUAUGCAUGACUUGGAAAAAAAACCGAAAUCAAACUCUGUGUCAUCCGGAAGUGAUAAAGAAGCGGUUGUGAAAUCUGGGUCACAUCUAGGAAUUGAUUCUAUAAAUAGCACAAAGACACAUAGUAGAACAGGAUCUUUGUCAUCUAAUGCUACAAGUGACACAGAAAAAAAUAUAUCUAAUAAUAUCAGCAAUAGUUUAAAUAAACAGACAGGUAAUUCUCAUUCUAGGAAAAUCUCGUCUGAUUCAAGUAGAUCCGAUCAUGUGACAAAUUCCACCAAUCAUAAGACAGAAGAGAAAUCGUCCAAUCAAGAUUCUGAUUCCGAGUCCGAUGACCAAAUAACCGUGCUUCAGGAUGCGGACAUUAAUCCCGAAGAUUUUGGUGGUGCCGAUGUGUUUAAUGAUUGGCUGAACAAACAAGAGACAGUUAAGAAAGAAAAACCUUCCAUAGUAGCAGAUGCUGGGGACAGUCAAGAGAAAAAGAAAACAAAAAAAAAGAGUCAGAAACAUAUUGAAAGUAGUGAUGGUGGAGUAGAGAAAGAGACAAAGAAGAAGAAAAAGAAGAAAAGAGACAAGGAUGAAGAAAGGCCUGAGAAAAAGACCAAGAAAAAGGAACGGUCAAAAAGUGAGAAAGAAAGUAUCAAAGAUUCCGAUGCUCAGAAAAAGGACAAGAAAAAGAAGAAGAAAACACUAGAGGAGGAGGGUGAAGGGAUGGAUGAUGAUUUAGAGAAAUUCUUGGCCGAUGACAAGUCAGGAGAGACGUACGAGGCGUUCUAAUGGACAUUACAAGUAGAUACAAAGGAAUAUUUUGUUUACAGUAUUGUAUUAAAAAUACAGCGCCAUGUCAUUUAAUAUGCAGGAAGCUUGAAUGUUUGGGGGGUGCAAGGAUACGGGUAUAUUGCAUUACAGUCAAGGUCAAGGUUAUAAUGAAAUAGAAUACAGUUUUAUCAAUUUUGAUUUAACAUCUGCGAUAAACUGAUGUGACAUUUAACUGUGUAUAAGAAGCAUCAAGUCUGAGGGGGUAUCAUUGCUGACUGGGUUAUGUUCAAUGACUCUUUAAUCACUUGCCUGUCACAACUGUGUUUGAGUUUGGCUUUGGACUUAAGAAUCUUUCUUGUGAGGAAGCAAUCUAGCUAGCUUACAACUGGUUGGUGGUUCUACACUGGUGUCAAAAUUAUUACAAAGUAAUUAUGCCUCAAGUAUUCCUGCACUAGUAAAGCUGUAGAGCCACUGUAUGACUGAAACAGUGUCUGAAAAACACCAAAAGAAAAGCCAAAAUUCAAUUUGAUUUUGAAGUGGUCUGUACAAUAUUUUUUGUAUUAAUAUAAUGUUUUCAUUAUUAAUAAAUAUAGAUGAUGAGUAAGACAUAUUUAUUAUAUGAUAUGGAAUGUAUUGCAAAGCUUUAAUGAAAACUGAUCUUUUUUUAGUACAAUAUUAUAAGGUCAGUGUAGAAUAUUGAUUUUUCAAGCAAACACAGUGGUCCGAUAUAGCUUUACCAAUGGUAAAUCUUAAUAAGUUUAUAUUAUGACCUAAUCUCCAUCAUUCACAGAAUACAAUGUUCAGCAAUCCGUUACAUUCCUGUAAAGUAAAGUUACUCUUUGAGUUAAAAUAGGGUGUCUGUAGCCAAUUGGUAAUGGUUGCUGACUUAAAAUCACUGACCCCUCAAUGGUAAAGGUUUGAAUCCCAACAAGCUUGAAACUGAAAUACGCAGGUGGUCAACUGACCUCUUCCUCCACCACCAGUAAAGCUGGAAUGUCACCAUAUGACCUUUAUAUUAUGGGUGUGACUUAUAAUAAAAAUAAAUAUAAAGAUGAUCAAAGAUAUGAAUGGACUUAAUUGUAUUGUAAGGAAUUAGAUUCCACUCUGGUAUGUAAGCCUUGCUGUGUUGAAAUAUAUUGGUAUUGGUACACUUAUAUAUAUAUGAUGCACCUCUUAAUUCCAUUUAAAAUCAUUGAGAGAAAAAUACAUUAUCAUUCCAUUCCAAAAGUUUUUAUGAUAUUAAGGAAAUUUUCAUAUACAUCAUAACAUGUAUGUCUUAUUUUAGUGUUCAAUUAAGGAUUUUACAUACAAUAGUGAAUAAUUUCAAAGGCAUUUUAAAAUGGGUAAUUAAUUGAUGAAGUUUUAUUAUUUCAAGUGUUGUGAAUAAUAAUGAAUAAUAUAUAUUAAAUUUAAUAAAAUGUUAUCCUCCAAUUUAAAAUACUGAGAAAAAUCAAUUUCAAUUUAAAAUUUUUUUAAUAACUUGUUAGCUCGACUUUUCUAUGAAAAGGGGAGCUAUCCUACUCGCCCCGGCGUCGGCGUCACACCUUGGUUAAGUUUUUCGUACCACCCCACUUUAUUUCAGAAGUAUUACAAGUAUGGCUUUGAAACUUACCAUACUUGUUCACCAUCAUAACCUCCAUCUACAGACAAGAGUACAUAACUCUGUCAAGGUUUUUGACAGAAUUAUGGCCCUUUUUUGACUUAGAAAGUGUAUUGAGCUUGGUUAAGUUUUUUGUACCACCUCACUUUAUUUCAAAACCAUUGGAGGUAUUGCUUUGAAACUGACCAUACUUGUUUACCAUCACGACCUUCAUCAACAGACAAGAGGACAUAACUCUGUCAAGGUUUUUGACAGAAUUAUGCCCCUUUUUGACUUAGAAAAUACAUUGAAUAUGGGUAAAAUCCACUUAUUGCCUUAACCCUUUGAGAUAUUGCUUUGAAACUUUUAAUGCUAUUUCACAUCAUUACCCCCAUCUGUACGCAAGAGAAGGUAACUCUGUCAAGGAUUUGUUUUAAAAAUUAAGGCCUUUUAUCGACUUAGAAUCUUGGUUAAGUUUUUAGUACCAGUCCACUUUUUGACUGAACUGUUUGAGAUAUUAAUUUGAAAGUUGGAAUACUUGUUUACAAUCAUGAUUCCCAAACAUGUCCAGGAGAAGGUAAUUCUGUCAAAGAUUUUAUUUGAAUUAUGGCCCUUAACUGUCAAUGUUUUGUAUUAUAGGCAAGCACUAAAAAACUUAAAAAAUCUAAAAAAAUUCAUUCCUAUCCACUUGUUCACUUUACCAUAAAUUAUGUCAUAUAAACAUUGCUGUAAUAUUCAAGGGUAUCAAACAACUAGUUUUUUUUUCUUUCUUACCAGCCCUCUUUUGACUUAAACAUUUCAAACUUUGCUGCAGUGUUCAAGGGUAUCACACAAUUCAGUAAAAUAAUUCUUCACUAAAUAUCUUAAUGCUCAUGGCCAUUGUUCACUUUAAAAAUACAGAGAUUCUUGUAUUGCCUUUUACUGCAAAAACUUUUUUUAUUGGCAAGCAAUAAAAAAGUCGAGCGCGCUGUCUUACGGACAGCUCUUGUUUUUUUUUUUAUAAUGUUUUUUUUGUUUUUUUUUGAUAAUUUUUUGAUAUUCACAUUUUAUGACUGUAUUCAUUUUUGAAUAAAAGAUCUUGAUUCGAUUCGUAUAUUAACAAUAUUUACAUUUUGUUCUUUUUUAUUUCAUUUUUUUUUGUGAACAUAUUGUGUAAAAGAAUGACUUUUUGUGCCUUUUGAAUUGUUUUAUUUGAUUUAUUUUUUAGCUCACCUGUCACAAAGUGACAGGGUGAGCUUUUGUGAUCGCUUUUCGUCCGGCGUCCGUCCGUCGUCCGUCCGUCCGUCGUCCGUCCGUAAACUUUUGCUUUAAAUGACAUCUCCUCAUAAACCACUGAGCCAAUUUCAUCCAAACUUCACAGGAAUGUUCCUUUGGUGGUCACCUUUAAAAAUUGUUCAAAGAAUUUAAUUCCAUGCAGAACUCUGGUUGCCAUGGCAACCGAAAGAAAAAUCUUUAAAUAUCUUCUUUUAAACAACCCUAAGAGCUAGAGCUUAGAUAUUUGGCAUGAAACAUCUUCUAGUGAGUGUCUACCAAGUUUGUUCAAAUAAAAGCCCUUGGGUCAAAAUUGGCCCCGCCCCGGGGGGUCAUUGAUUUUCCCUAUAUGCAUAUAGUAAAAACAUAAAAAAUCUU